GUGGUUUUAAGAAGCUUCAAACAUUGCCAUUGUGUCCCACCGUUUAUAGUUGGUUUCUUACUGUUCUAGUCACAACCAGGUGAAGAACAAUGAUUUUGGAAUACUAAUUAUUGAGACUUUUGGCCUAAUAAAUAUGAUAUUUGGAAAUUUAAUGUUUAUUCAAAAACGAAAGCUCAUAAAUCUGGGCGGGCUGCAAUCAUGGACUCGAGCAAUUGCUACACAGCAGAAAUUCAAAGACAAAGUUAUCAUCAAGGUGAAAGGUGGUACCGGUGGUGCUGGAUGCUCUUCUUUUGGUCGAGAAAAGUUUGUACCAUAUGGGCCACCUGAUGGAGGGAAUGGAGGCGACGGAGGAUCGGUAUAUAUUGCUACCAGACCAGGAAUUUUUAAUAAUUUAUCGCAUUUAUUGAGUCAUUAUAAGGCGGAUUCUGGGACGAAUGGCAAAGGAGGAAAUUGCCAUGGUAGUUUAGGGAGCUCUUCAAUUAUUUACGUCCCGCCAGGAACUAUUGUGAAGGAAAUAAAAAAUUUGAAUGAAGAAGAAGAACAGGGUUCCAGUUAUCCAGUUCAAUGGGUCCAACGACCGGGAAAUGAAAGGUUACCUAAAGUAGCCCUGGAAGGUCCAUCUUUUGAAGAAGAAGCCGAAAGACAGGCACAAGAGCUUCUUCAUAGUAAGUCUCCUCCAAUGGAUCCCUAUCCAAUAGUGUAUAGUAUGAUGGAUGAUGGCGGUAAGCCGAGAAUUCUAUGCCGAGGCGGCAUUGGCGGUUUUGGAAAUGUACAUUUUUUGAACGAAAAAAAUCGAUCCCCCAAGUUUGCUACUAAAGGAUUAAAGGGACAGUCGAAAGUUUUUGAAUUGGAGCUGAAAACUUUGUGUGAUAUUGGAUUGGUAGGGCUUCCAAAUGCAGGAAAAAGCACUUUGCUAAAUUCAUUGACAAGAGCAAGUUCCACCGUUGGAGAUUAUGAAUUCACAACAUUGCAACCGCAUUUGGGAACAGUCCGUUUGAUCUCUGAUAAUCAUAUUCCUGUGAGCUUUCGUUUGGCAGAUAUUCCAGGACUCAUUGAAGGGGCUAGCGAAGGCCGUGGACUUGGUUUUGAGUUUUUGCGUCACGUUGAAAGAGCUAAAUUACUUUGUAUGGUGAUAGAUAUAUCUCCAAGGGCAAAAAUUUCGUGUACUGAAGCGUUUCAGCAGCUCUGGAAAGAACUUGAAGAAUAUAAUCCUGACCUUCUGAAGAGAUUGUCUGUGGUAAUUGCAAAUAAAGCUGAUCUUUCUUCCCAGAAACAACUUCAAGGCCUAGAAGAAAUGGUAUUUAACAAACGGCGAACGAUACGCGUGAUACCUAUAAGUGCUACUCAAAGGCAAGGAAUGGACGUUCUUUUAAGGUGUAUGGCAGAUGCCUAUUCCAAUCUGAGUGUUGUGUAAUUUGUUCAUUAGAUUAAUUUUAUUAAGUCAACUGAAUUGAAUGUGAAAUGUAUAGGUACAAAAAGAAAGUCUAGCGUGAAUUUAGAAUAUGAUUUUUUGAAUGCCUCAA